AAAUAUUAUAUCUAAGCUGAUAAUAUUAAAUUCGUAUAGUAUAAAUUAUCAGCACCAUCGCAUUAUAUUAGUAAGUAAUUAAUGUGUGUGUUUAUUAAAUUUCCAAUGACAUACAUAAUACUGCUGGGUAUAUAGCAAUUUUUUGCAUUAAUGGUGAACUAAAAAGGGUUAAAUAAUAAUAAUAAAAUAUCGUAAAAAAAUAAGUAUACAAAUAAAAUUUGUUUAUUAAACAGGAGUUUGAUUAUUAAGUUAAUGGUAAAUGGAAUUUUGGCGGCAGACUGUGAUGACGUAGAUGGAUGUAAAAUAAUCGGGUGGCGGUGGGGGCGGAAAGUAGAGGAGAGUAUCAGAGUAGUCGAGUGGUUUAGCUAUAGUGUUUACAACGAGAAGCAGAUGCUAUAGUAAAAGGUAUCAGGAAAAGGAGAAAAGGAAGAGGAACAGUGGAACCGAACCAGUCGGUACGUCGCGGAAGAAUGCGUAGCCAUUGUUGGUGCUGCAAUCAUUAGUUUAUAGAUCCUCAUAACAGUUGAUUCGGAAAUAUUAUUAUUUACUUGUUAAAUAGUUGCUGAACUUUCGGUUUGAUUUUAUAUAAAAUGACUUAUCCCAAAUAAACAGUGGGUAAUUAUAAAUUUAAAUGAAUAAGUUUUAGUAAGUGAGAUGUGUUAGUCGUUGCGUCUGAUCGUUUGGUGGCGUAUAAGAACUGAACCCUCGCGCAACGUUCCUAUACACCAUAGAUACAGUGUGUGUUGGUAGCUAACAGCCAGUGAGUAAUAUACUGUACGGUGUGAUAUUGUGGAUGUGGACGGUGGGGCAUACUCGGCGGCAGCCAUAAUACCACCAACGGACCAACCAAACUUAACGAGCAGGGAGAAAGCGUAGUGUUCGAGUAUCCGAUACGUAGUGGUAGUGUUUUUGAUUUUAAAUUACGUGGAUAGUCAACGUUUGAGUCAUCAGAUGUUGCUAGUAUUACGAAUCCUGGGUGGAGUCUCGGCGAAUCACAUGAAGGUACAGGGCUGACAUCCAAGUAUCUACCUUUCGGUAGGCUUGAGUAGUGUUAUGUCUCUUCGGCAUCAAUCUCCUUGGUCGCAGCCAAAACAUCUCAGCAAGCAAAUAUCGAGCUACCAUGCUCAAAACAAAAUAUAUUAUUGUCAACUCAGUUGUUGAUGAAGCCUCGUAGCAUCAAGCAUCAGCAUAAGACAGUAACCUGCCACGUAGCAUUUAUGUACCAUUUAUGUCGGAAAGAAAUCAAGUCAACAUGCAGCAGGUGGAUACUAACUCGCAAAACAACUCCUUAGAUGUGGAAGAGCGAGAAAGGCUGUGUAAUAUACCGAAGACAAGUGCACCUGGACGAACACCAGGAUCACAACCGUUACCAGCAAGAACGCCACCACCACGUGAAGAGCCCGCAGUAGAGCCAGUAAAUGGCGUAGUCCAACCACCAGUCGUACCUCCACCAACUCGUCCAGGACGAAUCACUAAUCAGCUUCAGUUCUUGUCAAAAGGAGUACUGAAGCCAGUAUGGAAGCAUACGUUCGCUUGGCCUUUUCAGCAACCUGUCGAUGCGAAGAAACUCAACUUACCCGAUUACCACAAAAUCAUAAAAGAACCGAUGGAUUUGGGUACGAUCAAGAAACGUUUAGAAAAUACGUAUUAUUGGUCUGCACGAGAAUGUAUUCAGGACUUCAAUACUAUGUUUACCAAUUGCUAUGUCUACAACAAACCCGGAGAGGAUGUUGUAGUAAUGGCUCAAGCACUCGAGAAAUUAUUUCUCACAAAGGUUGCACAAAUGCCAAGAGAAGAAGUGGAACUCGAACCUCCUCUCCCGAAAGGACCAAAAGGAAAAAAGGCAAGAGUUGGUGCCCCUAUGAUCAGUGGUACUCCAGGAGUGACACCGGGAGUCGGUCGAGGUCGACCUUCUUCUGGAGCGGCGACAGUCAGUUCUAGUGUACCAAACAAUCUUCCACCUACUGCUACAACAGCAGGAACUACUGGUGUCUUGCCAAUACCACCUCUCGGUACUCAAGCACCAGUAUCUGUACCUGGAAGUACCAAUACAACUACAAUCGCACCUCCAGCUAGUAUAAGCGUCACCUCAAUGGCUACCCAUAACUCUUUACCGCAACAAGUAGUUCCUCCACCCAGUGGAUAUCACGCUCAACCAGCGUUAGAUCCCCAAGCAGCUACUGCUGUACCUGCUCCUCCACAAGUUCCAACUGCACCUACAGUAAUGCCCCCUUCACAGCCUGCUAAAGUCAAAAAGGGGGUGAAGAGAAAGGCUGAUACGACGACACCCACCGCUAAUUCUUUUGAACCCAUGUAUCAACCCAUGGAAUCUAAAAAUGCUAAACUUCCUACGAGAAGAGAAUCAGGCAGACAGAUCAAAAAGCCGUCGAGGCAAGCGGAAGACGGCCUUGUGCCAUUCCAUCAGGCCAACAUGCCCCUCAUCGGGGUGAUGGCCCAACAGCCACAACAUGUCGGCGGUAAAUCAAAAGAAAAACUCUCGGAUGCCCUAAAGUCUUGCAAUGAAAUUCUUAAAGAAUUAUUCUCUAAGAGACAUUCGGGCUAUGCCUGGCCAUUUUACAAGCCCGUAGAUGCCGAACUAUUGGGUCUUCAUGAUUACCACGAUAUUAUCAAAAAACCCAUGGAUUUGGGUACUGUAAAGACGAAAAUGGACAGCCGAGAGUACAAAACGGCUCAAGAAUUUGCCUGUGAUGUACGGCUUAUCUUCACCAAUUGUUACAAGUACAAUCCUCCUGACCACGAUGUUGUGGCAAUGGCUAGAAAACUUCAGGAUGUCUUCGAAAUGAGGUAUGCUAAAAUUCCUGAUGAGCCUGUGGGAGGAAUGGCAGCAGUAACUCAUAGUAGCAGUAGCGGAAGUAGUUCAGGUUCUGAAUCAUCAUCGGGCUCCGAGGAUUCCGAGGAAGAGCGUACCCAAAAACUUCUUGCUCUUCAACAAGAAUUAAAGGCAAUGCAAGAAAAAAUAAAAAAGGUGGUUGAAGAGUCCGGUAAAAAGAAAAGCAAAAAAAGUAAAUUGGAGAAACCUAAGUCGAAGCCUAUGAGUAGUAAAACUCCAGGACUUGUUGGAAGUCACAGUGGUGCCAUGAAGGAACUUAUGAAACCUAGUGUUGGUAUGCAAAAUGUUUCGGAUAGUGUUGGCGCAAGUAUAGCUAGUGUUGCAAUGGGAGCGGGUGAUCUUAAAAUGCCUAGUGGUUUGCCCGUAGGUGUUGGUAUGGGUUUGCCUGGUGAUCAUCAUCUGGCUUUAGCUGUUGGUCCUAAUAAAACUCAUCCUGGUGCUGCCGCGGCAGCAAGUGUUAAACCGAAAGGUAAAACUCGAGGUCCUGGGAAGUCCGCUGCCACUAAUGCUGCUAGCAAACGACCGAAAACGAAUAGUAGGUCCACUAGCAAUAAGAAGAAGAAUGCUGCUAAUCAACCCCCUCCAAUGCCGUUCGACUCUGAGGAUGAGGACAAUGCUAAACCCAUGUCUUAUGACGAAAAACGACAGCUCAGUUUGGAUAUUAAUAAACUGCCUGGUGAUAAGUUAGGGCGUGUAGUACAUAUUAUUCAGUCUCGAGAGCCUUCGUUAAGAGAUUCAAAUCCCGAUGAAAUCGAAAUUGAUUUUGAAACUCUUAAACCCUCAACACUGAGAGAGUUGGAAAGCUACGUUGCUUCGUGCUUGAGAAAAAAAAUUCAUAAAAAAGUUAGUGGAAAAUCUAAAGACGAACAAAUGGCUGAAAGAAAACAAGAGUUGGAAAAACGAUUACAAGAUGUCACUGGGCAAUUAGGCAAUGUAAAGAAAGCUACUAAAAAAGAAGACAACAGUAAAUCAGUAGAUGUAGUUGGUUCAGCAGGAACGAGUGGACCAUCAAGGCUGUCAGCGUCAAGCAGUAGUAGCAGUGACAGUGAUUCCAGUAGUAGUUCGUUAUCAUCGAGUUCGAGUGAUUCGAGCGACAGUGAAGCAGGAAAUUCGUCUAAUCGUCCACCGCGGAAGAAAACUAAAAAAACAGCUAAUGCUGCUCCGCCUUCAAACCUCAACAUUACACAGCAAUUGUCAUCUGUAAAUCAUACGGGAAAUCUCCUUAUGAAUAAUCAACCACCAAACUCCACGGGACCAGUUACAAAAUCUAUAGUAACACAACCUAAUGCAAUGCCCAUCGAUCAUGGUGGUAAUCAACCAGCAGUCGGAGGAGUUGCUACAGUAACUGAGAGUCAAGGAAUGGCAAUAUCAAGUCAUACAUCAAUGCCAGCUCAACCGUCGAGACCAACUGCUUUAGCAACAGCAGCACCAAUGAAGAAAAAGACAACUCCACCACCAUCAACUCCAUCAAAUCCACCCACUCCCUCAGUGUCAGUACCAACCCCACCGCCCAGUGUCACUCCGACAAAUGCAAAUGCAUCUAUAACAUCACCAAUGAUUUCUCAAGCAACGACUAUUGCAAGUUAUCCAAUAAUGAGCACGAUAUCUGCCAUUAAUGAUACUACUAUCAAUCAGCCAGACCUUAUGCAGCCUUUUAAUCCUCUAGGAUCUAUAACAACGACUCAACCAUCUAUAGAAAUGAAUUUGAGUAGCAUGAAAAAAGAAACGACCCAUGCGUCAAUGGUUCAAAAUAUUCAUCAACCUGUAUCAACAAAUAAUACUAAUGCAAAUUUAAUGACUAAUUUUAAAAGUUCUGUUAACAUGAUGCCAACAAAUAUGCAAUCAAAUUUAUUGAAUAAUAUUGGUAUGGGUAAUAUGAAUUUGAAUUUACAACAAAAUCUUGGUCCAGCGUUACUACAAAAUCAGUUAGAAAAUAUGAUGAAUACAACGCAAUUAAAUAAUAUACAAAAUGCUCAUAAUAUGGUUAUGAAUAAUCAACAGCAUUCCAAUGGAUUUUCUAAUAUUAAACGUGAAACUUCACCAUCUAUGAUGAACAAUAAUGGUAUACCUAACUUAAAUAUGCCACUAGGUAUAUCGACCGUAGGAUCAAUAUUUGAUCCAGUUCCUCCGAUGGUUUCUAUGCCAAUGCAAAUUCCUCAAUUGACUGUCAAAAAAGAUGAACGGCCUCAAAUGACACAAGCUCCACCUCAUAAACCUAUGGAUGCGGGGGCUUUCUUUGCAGAGAUGAACUCAUUAGGGAUGCCAGUGAUGAGUAACCACUCUAAUGCACAAAUAUUGCCAGAAAAGAAAAUGACGCCGCCAGAUUCGAAAAAUUCAGCGGCUAAUUUUGCUUCGGCUUUCAAAAAUAAGACUGUUGAACAAAAUGUUAAAAAUGCAUCGUCAUGGUCAUCGUUGGCUCAAGCUUCAAGUCCACAAUCAGCUGCAGGAAGUAAUAUAAAAAGAGAUUCAUCAAGAGACUCUUUCUUAUCAUUCAAGAAGCAAGCCAAAGAAAAACAGGAUAGGCAACGUGCAUUACUGGAGCAACAAGAGAUCCGAAGGCAACAAAAAGAACAAGAAAGAUUACGCCAGGAAAGUGAACGAAAACGAGAGCGUGAAGAUGAAGAUGCGUUAGAAAAAGUCAUGAAGACUGUCAAUGAACAGCAAGGAGUAACCAUUACACCAACAUCACGGGUAGAAGAAAUAAAAGUCUCUACUGAAACUGACAGUAGUAGUCCGAGUCAUUCAUCUAGCCAGGAUAGAGCGGCAGCUGAACGCGAACGUCAAAGGCUGCGAGAACAAGACAGACGGCGACGUGAAGCGAAUGCAAACAAGAUUGACAUGAACAUGCAAAGUGACUUGAUGGCUGCAUUUGAAGAAACGUUAUAAUAAUGUACCUUGCAGGACUUGGACAAAGCGUUUCGCCGCUGGACGAUAAUACUAUCAUUGGAUGUUUUGUUAAUAUUAAAUAUAUAUUUGUCAAUAUUAUUAUUACUAUUAUUGAAGCAAUUGAUGAAUAUAGUAAUGAUGAUAAAUAUACUACAAAGAAUAGUCAAAAUGAUAAUUACUCAUCAUUACUUUAAUGUGUUUCACAAAGUUCAUUAUUUACGGAUAAAUUGCUACAAGGACAAACGAUAGUAAAAAAUUA